AAAAUGUGAUAAUAAAGGACCAACUUUAGUUAUAAUGAGAAUAAGUGGUACGGAUCAUAUUAUUGGAGGGUAUAAUCCAACUUCAUGGCAAUCUCAAUCUGGUUGGAUUACAACAAGAGAUAGUUUUAUAUUUUCUUUAGGUUAUGGAUCAAAUCCACAAUCACAAUUAUCACGUAUUUUACAACCUGAAAAAGCAAUUUGGAAUUCAGCUACUUAUGGACCAUGUUUUGGAGAUGGAGAUUUAUGGUGUGUAGAAAAUUUAUCUAGAGAUGAACAAUGUUCUUCUAAUUCAAAAUCUUAUAGACAAGGUAUUUGUGAUACUAUUAUAAAAAGUUUAACAGGGGAAUCAUCAUCAAAUGAUGAAAAAAGAUGGAGUUCAACUACAUUCGGUUUAGGAGCAUCAUUUUCUUCAACAAAUUCAAAUGAUAUUUGGGGAAAUGAAUGGAAUCUUACGAAUAAUGUUACUACAUCUUCACCAACGGAUGAAUAUGAAGUAUUUCGUAUUAGUAGAACUGAUACUUAUAAAUCUAUUAAUCAAAGAAAAUUUCGACGUGGUAAAAAAAGAUUAACUUUAGUUGAAAAAUAUCAUACCGCAGUAUCCGAUAGUGAUUAGGGAUAUAAUUUCUUAAGUAACAAUAUGUAAAAUAAAUAAAUACAUGGGUAUUUUUUUUUUUUAAAUUAUGUAAUAUGAUUAUUAUCGACGUAUUUGAUUAACGCGAUUUUACGUAAAUAUUUUUUUACACAUAAAAAAGUUUCAAAAAAGUUUUUACCGAGUUUCAGAUAUAUGUGAGUGAUUGUGAGUGAUUAUAUAAUAU